AUGGGAGUUAGAUCAAGUUCAAAAGAGAUGCACCAAAAAGAUCACGGUAGCUCCCCGUAUGGAUACGGAUACAGUUUAGCAAGUAGUGGUACUAACUUGGUUAGUUCUCUAAUGAAAUCAUGGAGAAUUUCAUCAGCCAGUUCACCGAAAUCGAAUAGUAGUUAUACGGGAGACGGUAAUUUCGAUGCUAUGGCGAAGCAACAGACGACGGCUAUAAAAAAUUCAUCGUCCUCAUCGUCAUAUUCACCCUUAAAGUACUCAACGCCAAUUUCUUCGUCUGGUGGUGGUAGUGCUAGUAGCAGAAGAACAAGUACGGAUUCUUCAAAGCCAUACACAUCUGCCAACAAGUACAACCCCUCUUAUUAUAGAGACAGCGGAGGUGGGAGCGGUAGUGGUAGUGGCAGUAGCAGAAAAAGUGAUAAAUAUUUUAAGGACUUAGAUGAAGAUUGGAGUGCUGUUAUUGAUGAUUACAACAUGCCUAUCCCCAUAAUUACCAACGGCGGUGUGGCUUCGCCUGCCACGCCGAAGGUGACAAGAUCAUCAAGUGUUAAGACUACGCCAACCUCUUCCACAACGGCGAUGGCAAAUCAAAAUGCAAGCUCUACGUUUUCAUACCCACAGCUACCCCAAUUACAAAAAACUCUGACCACAGAUCUGAGAUCACAGUUAGAAGUGGAGAACGAGAGAGAAGCACAGGAGUUAACUUCGAUGCUUCAAAGGAUGGCAAAAUUUGAUUGUAUCUUGAAGAAUAAACACAUUAUCAACCAGCAGGAACUUAGGCAAAUAAGUUGGAACGGGAUCCCCAAACCUCAAAGACCUGUAGUAUGGAAGCUCUUAAUUGGAUAUUUGCCUGCAAAUACAAAGAGACAAGAAUCUCUGUUGAAAAGAAAGAGACAGGAGUAUCAUGAUGGCCUGGAUCAUGUUUUCUCAGAACAGCACUCUAGGGACGUACCGACGUGGCAUCAGAUAGAAAUUGACGUUCCCAGAACCAACCCCCACAUACCAUUGUACCAAUUUAAAUCGGUACAAAGAUCCUUACAGAGAAUUUUGUACCUUUGGGCCAUUAGACAUCCGGCAAGUGGGUAUGUACAAGGUAUUAACGAUCUAUUGACACCUUUUUUCCAAACUUUCCUUACAGAAUAUUUACCACAGUCUCAGAUAGAUGAUGUGGAGAAAUUGGAUCCGGAAUCGUAUUUGACAGAGUCACAAUUAAAUGAUGUGGAGGCCGAUACGUUUUGGUGCUUAACAAAACUGCUGGAACAGAUUACAGAUAACUAUAUUCAUGGACAACCAGGAAUUUUAAAACAGGUCAAAAAUUUGAGCCAAUUAGUAAAACGUAUCGAUCGGGAUCUUUUCAACCAUUUCCAAUCCGAACAGGUAGAGUUCAUUCAAUUUGCAUUUAGAUGGAUGAAUUGUCUCUUAAUGAGAGAAUUUCAGAUGAGUACAGUGAUUAGAAUGUGGGAUACUUACUUAUCAGAAACUUCUCUAGAGACGUCAUCAUCGGCUGCAGCUAUGAUGUCUGAUACAGGACCACCACGAACACCAACGGAGCCGGCAUCCAUGACUUUUCAAUCUUUUACAUCACCUAGUACAACUUCAAAAGGUUCAAGUGAAGAUUUACCAAGAUUAAGACGUUCUUCCUUGAAUGAAUUUCACGUAUUCGUAUGUGCAGCAUUUCUGAUAAGGUGGAGUGACCAACUAAUUGAUAUGGACUUCCAAAACAUCAUUACUUUUUUGCAGAAUCCACCAACCAGAAAUUGGAAAGAGACUGACAUCGAAAUGUUACUGAGCGAAGCAUAUAUCUGGCAAUCUCUUUAUAAAGACGCAACUUCCCAUUGGCAGUAG